UUAAAAUAAUUCCCCGAUCGGUGGUUGGUCGGAAAAAUUUUUAAAUCCCCCGCAGGGUUUUUCGUUUCGUUUCCGACCGUUUCCCGUAGACUUUUGUCUCCUCUUUCCAUUUCAGCGGUCCGUUUGAUUUUCCGACACACCAUUUUCCCGAUGCGACCGGAUGAAAAUCCAAGAUGUCCGACCAUUAAGCACCAGCCCAAUCGGAGCGUUCUGUACCUGUGCCUCUCGCGCCGCCGUGACGUUUCGCCCGCACGUGACGUCUCCGAUCGGUCUUCCGUCUACCUUAUGUCCCCGUCGAACGAUUUAAAUCAUAGACAUAAUAUAAUGGACUGCGCUUAAAGAGAGAAACGUGAUGUCAAGAUGGAGUAAGUGAAAUGGCAAUACAUUUGUGGGCUAUCAUGGAAGAAAAAACAUUUCAUGUUUCUCUCCAUGAAAAAAAGGUUUGAUAAGAUCAUGUCUAUGAUGAUAAGAUUAAUAAUAUUAUGAUCUAUAGACAUAAUUUAAUGUCCAUGUUAUGCUUAUGAUCUUAUGAUUCUGUUUAUCAAUUUUGUUUUUAAAAUUUAUAAAGCACUAAAGCAGUCGAAACUCGAAAUUGCGUCUUAAGUCUUAACUUUUCAAGUUACUCUGCAUUUUAUCCUUGUCCGCGUUGGGCUGUAAUUUUGUUAUAAUUAUUUAAAAUUCGUACCUUCAUUAUGGUUAAUAAAUGUUGUAUUGUUGGUUGUAAAUCAAUAGCUGACAGGAAUUGCACUGCUAAAUUUUUAAGCUUCCCAAAAAAUGAACAUAUUUUACAAUUAUGGAAAAAUGUUAUAAAGCAACAUCAACCACAAUUUACCAUAAGUCCUUAUUCAGUAAUUUGCCAUCUUCAUUUUGUUGAUAAUGAUUUUAUUUUGAAUGUUGCUGGUACCAAACGUGUGCUGAAAACCACAUCAGUUCCAAGUAUUUUUCCAUCAUAUA